GGAAAUUUGAAAAUGUUCAAAGUAAACCCCAUGUAUUCUUGCAAUCCAUAUUAACUGUUUCUUAUUGAAUGUUACUUUUUUACUUAAGUUAGACGAAUAGGGGAACUUUCAGUCUUUUUGUAAAUCGUCAUCACAGUCAUUUUGAAAUAUAGUAUUAUUGGAACAGUUGACCUCAAAAGCCGAUUGUUGCCAGAUUUGAAAUGUGGAUGUGUUUCUGUCUGACUCAUAACUUUUUGAUAUGAUUCUGAAGCCUGUAAUGUUGGUCACCGUUUUCAUCUUAAACAUACUUCUUCGAACGGUUCACAGUUUUGCCUACAGCCAAAUAGAAGGUGUUACCGUCCUUCAUCCCGAAGAUUUCGACAACAAAACAUCGGAGGGAAUCUGGCUCGUGAUUUUCUAUCGCAAGACUUGUGGACACUGUAUAAGCUACUCUAAACCUUUUUCCCAAUUCUGCCGCUCUGUAAAAAAUUGGAAUUGGGCACUUCAUCUCGGAUCUGUGGAUUGUGAAGAUGAAACUAAUAUGGAUUUAUGUUAUCGUUUCAAAGUACAAGGAGUUCCCACUCUUAGGUUCCUGUCCACGAAAAAUAGUAAACAAACGUCCGAAGAAAUUCCAGCUGAGUGGAACAUGACAUUACUGCGGAAAAGCAUUGCCUCUAAGUUAGUAAAUGUCUCUGCUCUUCAACUACCAAGGGACUUAGCAGUUAAUGAUCCAAUAAUUGUUACAGGUAGUGAUAUAGAAGUAAACGCUCUGCUGUUACUGGAUUAUAGUCUCCUUCUAAAACGAGAGAUCCAAAGCGUAGUAAAACCAGGCUUAAAGGAAAUAGAUGUCACGAAUCGUCUUUCUGGUGAAGUAAUUGUUAAGGGACCCGAGGAACAGGUUAGGAUGGUACUUGAACGAAUCGCAGGUAGUGAACCAAGUUUGGAAGAAAACAGUCAGCCAGAAAUAGAUGUUAAAACAACACCAAUCCAAGUUAAAUAUCCACCGGUUUACGCGGUUGAUAUCUAUCGGUCACUAAGUAUGCUACUACAGUCUGAUGUUGGUGCACGUGAUAAAAUUGAGGGACCAGCCUUAGGAGCUCUUAAAGAAUUUUUGGACAUGUUAUAUGAGAUUCUUCCGGCUUCUCAGGAAUAUAAAGCUCACCUGUCUGAAAUUUCCGUUUGGUUAAAUUCUAAAACAAGUAUUACGGGUCAAGAAUGGAUUGCGUAUCUUGAAGGAAUUCAAUUCCCUACAUAUAAAGGACCAUUUAUAGCAUGUAAUGGAAGCAAACCACAUUUUCGAGGAUAUCCAUGCGGUUUAUGGACUUUAUUUCAUGCAUUAACGGUAGAGCAAUAUCUGUUAUCAUCCUCCGGUCCAGACCAUCAAGUAGAUUCAGUCGCUCAUGCUUUAAAUCGUUUCGUCCCUCAGUUCUUUUCAUGCUCAUACUGUGCAUUUCAUUUUGCAUUGAAUACAGCAAACGUAGUAAGACCAGGGGAAUCUGUCUUACCGGAAAAUCGUGUUACUCCUAAUCCACAUGAAUUAGUGCUUAAUGAAUCAGUUAUUCCUACUUUACCUAAAGCUCCAGAGACUCCUAGAGAUACUGUAUUAUGGUUGAAUAUAUUACAUAAUCGUGUAAAUAAACAUUUAGCUGGUCAACCAUCAGAAGAUCCAACUGCACCUAAAAUUCAAUUCCCACCGUCUUAUUUAUGUCCUGCCUGUUGGUCACAGAGUUCAACAGGUGAAUUGGAAUUAGGUAAAACUCCAGAGACCGAGGAAUCACUGUUUCAAUUCCUUGUUGAGCGAUAUCGUGCAUCAUCUUGGAAGUAUGUGGAUUUACCUACAGUAUUCAUAACUAACGCUGUGGAGUUAAAAACUGAACAACCAGUUCCCGAUCUGUUAAUAAUAUCCAUUAUUUCCGUUGUACUUACAAUAUUAGCAGCUGUCAUUUUACUUGCUGGUUUGCGUUUCCUGUGUCGUCGUCGUAGAUUGUUCCGUCGAAGACGAGGACAGUAUACAAGUGGACAGUCAGUCUAAAUAUAAUUUAUGUUACCAAACGAAAAAAUUAACGAUGGUAAUUCUCGAAGAUUUAUUUCUUGUGAAUAAUUAAUGAAUAAAAACUUUGAUCCAACUGUUUUUCAAAGUAACUUUUGCGACUUUCUCCUUUCAAAUAAUUUGGUCUUUUAUAGACAUCAAACUGACUUUGAUGAACUACUAUUUUCUCCUAUUGCUUAUUAAUCAUUUUUAUUAUUCUAUUCUUAUUUCUUACAGCUUUUUUGUCUAUUCUGAUUUGCUUUUAAAUAUUAUGACACUAUUUUGGUAGUUUGGUAUUCUCCACCUCUUUCUCCUAUAUAUGGAAUAAACUGAGUAUCAAUAAGUAAACAUUAGAGACCAUUAGUUUGUAUCACUACUACUGUUGUUGUUUUCGGUGAUCGCAUUCUCGUAAAUACCUUCAAAGGGUUAUAUUUGAACGCUGUUUUCUUUAGAUAUAUUCAUGUAUUCCUUUAUUUUUAAGGUUUUGCUUGGUGUAUCUUUUUUUUGAAAGUUUAUCAGCCUGUUGCAUUUUGUUUUAAUGUACUAUAUUUUUUACAUGGUAUUUUUGUUUUUUUUAAAUAUUACAUUAACGUCUUCCAUAAUGUACUUGUUUUGUGUGUAUGUAGUGGUGGAUUUUUCUACAACUUCAGUUCAUCAAUCAUUUGUUCUAUCUUGAUAAUUUAUCCAGUUUAAUUUAAUCAAUAAAACAAUGUUUUAUGAGUUAACAUAGUUGAAAUUUAUAGUCCUGAUAAAUAAUAAUUCCUUAUGGAUGCAAAUAAAUAAAUAACAAUUAUU